AUAUUUCUGACAGCGCACGGUGGCAUUUUCGGUGGCGUCUUAUUGUCGAAUUAUUUGCUUUUAAUUGAAUUAAACAUAGGAUUAUCACGAUGCUGAGCCGCAAGCGCCGGGCGAGCAGCAUCUCCAGCCGGCAGGACGAGGAUCCGCUGCAGCUGGACGACUCCACGCCGGAGCAGUCGCCGGUUCAGCAGACGACGACACAAUCGGCGCGAAAAAAGCGCCGCCUCGAUCCCACUGAACUCUGCCAACAGUUGUACGAUUCUAUCAGGAAUAUCAAGAAGGAGGAUGGCUCCAUGUUGUGCGACACCUUCAUCCGGGCUCCCAAGCGACGCCAGGAGCCCUCCUAUUAUGACGUGGUGGUCAAUCCCAUCGAUCUGCUCAAGGUGCAGCAGAAGCUGAAAACUGACUCGUACGACGACCUGGACGAUCUGAUGGCCGACCUGGAGCUGCUCAUUGGGAAUGCUAGCUUCUACAAGCCGGACAGCUGCGAGCACCAGGAUGCCGCCCUAUGGCAGCACAUCCAGACACAGAGGCAGCGCAUCAUGGAAGCCAACGGCUUGGCGGAGGAGGAGCCGCGUGCCAGACGUAUGUCGCGGCAGGUACGCCGCAUGACCAGCAGCACGGAACCGGGCGGCGAUGGAGCGGCUGAUGACGAGUACAACCAGUACGAGGAGCUCUUUGCCUCCAUUAUGACCGCCACCGAUCCUGCGGGCGACCGGGCCAUGCACCGCAUGUUCCAACUGCUGCCCUCGAAGAAGAUCUACCCCGACUACUACGAUGUCAUUGAGCAUCCCAUUGAUCUGCGCCUGAUUGCGACCAAAAUUCAAAUGAACGCCUACUCCUCGCUGGUGGAGAUGGAGCGGGAUCUGCUGCAGAUGACCAAGAAUGCGUGUCUGUUCAACGAGCCAGGGUCUCAGAUAUACAAGGACGCCAAGGCCCUAAAACGAAUCUUUACGCAGCGGCGUAUCGAGUUGGAGACGGGCAAGGGCAUGGCCAAACGGGUCAAGAGUCUAUCCAGUGCGGCGAUUGCUGCUCUAAAAGAAGAGGUGGACAGCUCCGACGACGAGGAGACAAGCAAAAAGGGGGAAGGGCCCAUGUGGGCAUUGUUCGAUCACCUGUACAACGCACCAGGAACUUCAGAACAUCCAGGAGUCACUGGACCUCCAUUGGGCAACUCGCUUUGGAAACUGCCAGUUCGUCGAUUUCAUCCCGAAUAUUUUGAGCUGAUAAAACGACCCAUAUCCAUGAGCCAGAUACACACGAAGCAAAAAGGCGAUUAUGCCAACAUCAGUGAUCUCACCGCCGACCUUUAUCUCAUGCUGGACAAUGCCAAAAAGGCGUUUCCGCCCUCCCAUCGUACGCACAAAGAUGCUCUGAAAAUGCUUAAACUAAUGAAUGCCAAGCUGGUGGAGGAGUCCCUGGAGGAGGGUAGCGAUCUUGAUGACGAAGACACGGAGGAUAUGGACGCAGAGGUAUUUGCGACCAGCUCGCAGCCGGAAAGGCGGAAGCCGGGCAGACCGCGUGUUAACUCCAAUUCGAACUCAAAUGCUUCCCACACGCACAACUCGAAUUCACCCAAAUCCAAUCGCAUUGCCAUCAAUGCAGCAAUUAAAAAGAAAAUUCUGAGCAUACAGAAAUAUCUGGUGGACUACUCUUUGGGCAACCGUCGGCCAAUCGAGAUGUUUAUGGAGAAGCCACCGCGAAAGAUUUAUCCGGACUACUACGAUAUCAUUCAGAAUCCCAUUGACAUGAACACCAUUGAGCACAACACGACCGAUCGCUAUGCCGCUGUGGAGGAUGUGGUGUCCGACUAUAGGCUAAUGUUCUCCAACUGUCGGCAGUAUAAUGAGGAAGGCUCUAACAUAUACGAGGAUGCCAACAUCCUGGAACGAGCUAACGAAAAGCUUAAGGAGUUUCCUGGUCUGUCGGAUGUCAAGACCUCGCAGAAGUACAGCAAGGUGGGCAGGAAACUAAAGACCGCUCUGAUCACGGAGCGCUUGUGGCUUUACGAAUCAGUAAAGGAGUACCAGGAGCCCAAGGGCAAAAGGCAGCUAUCACUCAUCUUUACGAAAUUGCCGUCGAAGAACGAGUAUCCGGACUACUAUGACAUCAUUAAGGAGCCGAUUGAUAUGGAUCGAAUUGCUCAGAAACUGAAACAGGGAGCUUACGAAAGCUUAGACGACUUGGCUGCAGAUUUCCUCCUAAUGCUGGAAAAUGCCUGCAAGUACAACGAACCGGACUCGCAGAUCUACAAAGACGCACUGGUGCUACAGCAAUUGACGCUGCAGCUGAAGCAACAACUGCGCACCGAGCGCGACUCACUUCCAGAUGUUCCGCUGGCUGUUCAGGAGCUGUUUCUUUCUCUGUUCACCACUCUUUACAAUCACCAGGACGAGGAGGGUCGUUGCUACUCGGACUCCCUGGCUGAACUGCCUGAGUACGAUGAGAUAGGUGAAGGUCCUAAGGUGCGCGGCAUUUCACUGGAUCUGGUGAAGCGAAGGCUGGACAAAGGAGCUUACAAGCGACUUGAUAUAUACCAGGAGGAUAUAUUUGCCUGUUUGGAGCGAGCAAGAAAGUUGUCGCGUACAGAUUCAGAUAUUUUUCAGGACUCCAUUGAGCUGCAGACUUACUUUAUCCGCAAGCGCGACGAGUUAUGCAAGGACACUCUCAGCUCAGCAGCUCUAAGUUUUACCCUUGAGCGUCUCCUGGCUGAUGUGGAGGUGAGUCGUCAGCAAAAGUUGCAGCAGGAGGAGCAGGACCAAGAACAGGACAAAGAAAAAGACGAGUUUAACGCCGCCAAGGGUGAAAGCAUGACAAUAAACCAGCAGGUAUUUUCCCCCGGCGAUUACGUGUAUGUGCAAAUGCCAGAAAACAAGAUUCCCUCGAUAUGCUGCAUUGAGCGCCUGUGGACAUCACCUACCAACGAGAAGCUAAUGCAGGCUUCGAUCUUCGUGCGGCCGCACGAAACGUAUCAUGUGACCACUCGCAAGUUCCUCGAGAAGGAGGUGUUUAAGAGCAGCCUUUCACAGACCAUUUCGAUGGAUAAGGUGCUGGGCAUGUGCUAUGUGAUGAACAUAAGGGAUUACAUAAAAAUGCGCCCGGAAAACCUACCCGAAAAAGAUGUCUUCGUUUGCGAGUCUCGCUACAACAUCCAGGGUCGUUGUUUCAAGAAGCUCAAGAACUGGCCGCCGGUACGUGAAGGCAGCUCCGUGAAAUUCGUCCCACGUGAGCAGCCAUUGGAGCUAAAGCGAGUGAUGUCCGUCUUUAAGGAGCGCUUGGAGAAGCACAAAGGAGAAUUGGAGGAGCUCAAGCUCCAAGAGACGAUGGUCGAGAAGGAGAAACCAAAUGUGUCUUGCGAUCCGCCGCCAAAUGCUGAGAGCAGCAGCACAUACUAUCAGCAGUACAAUACAAUCUGCAGUGGGGCAAUCAAAACUGGAGACUUUGUAUACGUGGCCACGCAAACCGGAAAGCAGUCGGUGGCCCAGGUGCAGCAGAUUUGGGAGCAAAAUGGAAAAUCAUACUUUAAAGGUCCAUGGCUGCUGCCUCCCAGCGAAACGACUCCCGGCUUGGGCAAGCAAUUCUUCCGCCAAGAACUGUUGCUAAGCACCGUCGAGGAGGUUAGUCCUGUGGUGGGCAUCGUGGGUAGAUGUGCCGUCCUCGAGUACGCCGAAUUUAUCAGCUCUCGACCCACGGAGAUACAGGAGAGCGAUGUGUACAUUUGUGAGUCCGUCUACGAUGAGCUGAAGAAGGCUCUCCGCAAGUUGGUUGCUGGAAACAUGCGCAAGUUCCAGCACAGUCCUGCCGUUACCGAGGAUGAGAUUUUCUACUUUAAGACGCCUAUUAAGCCCUCUAAGGAUGUUAAAAACGAGAUAAAUGAGCUGGGCAUGCUGGAAGAUUCAAUGGAUGGGGAUACCCCCUCGCUUAGCUCCGACAUUGCGGCCAUGUCCUCGCCAGCUCCUUCGGUGAACUCCACGCCACUAACCUCCAAAGUUAAGGCCGCCAAAUCGGCCAAGAAAUGUCUUACCGGCUACAUUCUUUACUCCAGUGAAGUCCGGAAAGGCAUUUGCCAGAGCAAUCCGGACGCCACCUUUGGCGACAUAUCCCGCAUGGUGGGCACCGAGUGGAAGAAUCUCCCUUCCAGCGUCAAGCAGAGCUGGGAGGAUCGGGCCAGCCGGCAGAACGAGGAGACGGCGGCCUUGCGCCGCGAGAUGGACGACGCACAGAACAGCGCCAGUCCCUCGCCCCAAGUGGCGCCGGAGACGUUCGGUCAGGUGCUCACCUUUGAGUGUCAGUGGGACAAGUGUGACUUUCAGUUUGAGGAGCUGGGCGACUGCACGGAACAUUGCAUGUCCGAUGCCACCGGGCACAUUCAGCGGCAUCCACAAGCGGGCGUGGAGAUGGAGUAUGUCUGCCUCUGGCGCAACUGCCCACGGAUUAAGAAGUCCACCCAGGCCUUCCCCAAUGUUCUGCGCCUCAUCAAGCACGUGCGCGAAGUUCAUCUUAGCAAGUGCGGCAAGUCAAUAGCGGUGGCAGACCGCAGCAAGAAUUUUGUGUCGCGUCGCCAGAAGCAUGCGCAACUGGCCACAACGGUUCCGAUCCCGCCCAGCCUUGCCCAAUCGCCGCGUGCUCCCAGCAAUCUCGAGGCAGUCCAGCUGCAGCAGCAACAACAACAGCAGAACGUGCACCAACUGCAGCAGCUGCAACAGCAACAGCAAACGAUCGUCCUGGGACCGCCGCCUGAGCCGCUAUUCGUCACCGUGCCACCGCGCACCACUCGCGUCAUCCACUCGGAGGCGUACAUUAAGUACAUCGAGAGCCUGCAGACGGGCAGCCACCUGAACGUGGCCACCUGCAAUAACAACUGGCGGCGGGCACUGACGCACGUCACUCCGGCACAAGUGGUGGCCAAGGCGCCGCUACCCGAGCAAUGGAUCGGACCGAACCUUCGCGACCAGGGCAACGUGGUGCAGGCACUGUGCCACCUGCGCAACUUCAUGGUCGACGAUGUACUCCAAAUACGGCGAAGCUGCAACUAGCCAAACGUAAUCCUCUAAGCCCAAAGCGUUUCGAGUUCCAUGUUAAUAUACAACAAAAACAAUAAUAACCCAUGUUUCUAUCAAUUGGGCAGGGUUUUCGCUUUUCGAAUUGCCAAUAAAUUAUGUUAAGGCCUCAGA